AUGAAUUAUAAUUAUUAUCGAACACAAUUCGACAAUUAGAAUGUGAUUCAUUCGAAUUCGCAGUCAGUUGGCAAGUUAAAGAAGGGAAUAGUCUUUCAAAAUUACCCUUUUAAUCCAGUAUAGAGUUAUAACUCCAAUAUGCAAGUGCGUCCAUUUACUUCUCAAACUCAGCCUAUCAAAAAGCCUUCAACAGCUUAAUCAACUCGUCAUGUUCCAAGAGCAGCGACUUCAUAAACUCAAAGAUAACCAAAUAUGCUGUUUUCUGAGUAAAUAAAUAACACUGAAAUGGAGACCAAGCAAAGUAAACGAUAUAUGAAAAUAUACUUCCUUAAAACCAAUUAUCGUACUAUUCUUCAUAAUGUCAUGAAUAACAAGCUCAAAGCUUUACCACCAGGAGACAGAAGAAGACUGUCAGUUCUUAACAUUGUGUAAGACAAAUUCAAAGAACUUACAAUUUAAGAAAUCAAUUUGCUUAUAUGUUAACAUGCAGUUUCUGAGAAGUUUUACAUUUAUUUUUCAGAUUCUGAGUGGAUUCCUUGCAGUAAAUGCUGUCAAACUCCCAUUUAUUUAGUACUCACUCCUUAAGCUUAAAAAACCGAUAUAUUUUGUAGCUAAUGUUCUCGAAAUCUUACAAAUCCUCCAAGAUCUGCUGUCUAAAGCAAUACCGUUUUACCAAAAUAUUCUUUUACUCAAUAUGGACAUUCAUUACAAGAAUAGAAGGAGAGAUAAAAGGUGAGUAGAAUGAUUAUUUCUGGAAAGUAUAGAAAGGUGAAUCUAAAAGAGGUUUAUAAUGAAGUGUAGGAACCAGUUUAACCGGAAGAGUCAUAUAAUUUAGAGUUCCCUGUAAAAGAAAAAUAAUAAGAAAGCACAAUUUUAGAAUUAAAAGACUUAAUUAAUGAAUUAUUCUGA